ACAAAAUAGUUCAACACUGUCCCCCUCUAUAACGUCGUUGUAGCCAAAGGCCACUGGUAAUAAAAGCAACAUGGAUACCGAGUUGACUUUUGGUUCUCGUCGGUCUCCCGUGGUCUGUUUACACGGCUGUGUGGCGUCCAGUCAGCCGCUAGCUUCAGCUAUAGGACUGGAUGUCCUGAAGCUUGGUGGUAAUGCAGCAGAUGCUGCAGUUGCUGUAGCAGCAGCACUGGCGGUAACAGAGCCGUGUAGCACCGGUGCUGGUGGGGAUGCCUUCUGCUUGUUCUACAAUGGAAACACUGGAGAGAUCAGGGGAAUUAAUGGCAGUGGUCGUUCGCCCAGAGCUCUAACCCUGGACUUCCUAGAGGGCCUUGGUUACACUGCUGAAGCCCCUCCUUUACCUUUUGAUGUAUUGAAUGUUACAGUACCAGGGGCUCCUGCAUGCUGGUGUGAUACUAUACAGCUGUUUGGUAGUCACAAGCUGUCCUUGCAGGAGGUGCUGAGCAGGGCGGUGGAACUUGCAGAGGUGGGGUUUCCUGUUGCUGAGGUAACGGCUCACCACUGGGCAAAAGGGGUGGCCGCUCUGAGAGAUGCAGGGAAAGAACUAGGUGGAGAUCUGCUCAUUGACAAUGAUGCACCCCAACAUGGACAAGUAUUCAGAAACCCUCCCCUGGCACAGAGCCUGAAGGAGCUAGGUGAGCAUGGCAAACCAGCUUUCUACCAGGGCAGAGUGGCCCAGGCCAUCAUUGAUGUCAUCAAUCAAAAUGGAGGAGCAAUGACCCUGGAUGACCUCUGCAGCCAUGACAGUGAGAUCAUUGCCCCCAUAAGCACAGAGUACAAGGGUGUGCGUCUGUGGGAGCCUCCGCCUAACAGUCAGGGACUGGCUGCUCUGCUGCUGCUCAACAUCCUGGAACACUUCUCUCUCAAAGCUUUAGGCUAUAACAGCGCCGACUACAUCCAUGUUUUGGUGGAGGCUGUGCGUCUGGCACAAACUGAUGCUUUCUGUUACCUGAGCGAUCCACACCAUGUGACCCUCCCUCUAGAAACCUUACUGGACAAGAGCUACAGCCACCAGCGAGCACAACGCAUCAGCAUGGACAGGGCCAUGGAGGGAGUGAAGCCUGGCCUGAUGACAGGAAGUGACACGGUCUAUUUCUGUGUGAUUGACAGCCAGGGGAAUGCCUGCUCGUUUGUCAACAGCAACUACAUGGGCUUUGGUAGCGGGCUGGUCCCUAAAGGUUGUGGAUUCUCACUACAGAACCGCGGUGCCAAUUUUUCUCUGCGUCGUAACCAUGUUAACUGUGUUGCUGGGGGGAAGCGGCCGUAUCACACCAUAAUACCUGCACUCCUCACCGACUCUGCACCCGAAUCACAAAAACCACAACUCUUGGCUGCACUUGGGGUGAUGGGGGCUUUUAUGCAACCACAAGGACACGUUCAAGUCUUGUUGAACAUGUUGGAGUUUGGGAUGAAUCCUCAACAAGCUCUGGAUGCACCAAGAGUCUACGUACACUAUGACCAAAGAAGUGAUGAGUGGUUGGUUAAUCUGGAAGAGGGGGUCGGUCAGGAGGUAGCUGACGAGCUACGACAACGGGGCCACAAAGUCAACGGGCCAGUCACAGGCCACCAGAGGUCUCAGUUUGGGCGGGGACAGAUCAUCACUGUAGGGGAUUGGUGGGACCCAUCUGCAAGUCAAGUUGAACAUUCAACCAGGGUGCUGUGGGCGGGAUCAGACCCCAGAGCUGAUGGGUGUGCUCAGGGAUACUAGACACCCUCCCUUCAUCUCUGUCGAUCACAAAGCUUUCUGAUGGUAGAUUCCUACAUGUGAAAUGUGGUGCAGAAAAAAUGUCAGUAUUAACUGCAGCUUGUGUUCCUUUUUGAUUUCACACUACAUAUGUAAGCUAGUGUGCUAUUUAGUUUGUCAUAUCUAGAACAAAUAAGAAAACAAAUCUUUGUGCAAGAUUUCAAAGCAAACUUACCAUUAUGCAACUUUAUCUUUUGAUUGACAUAACUAUCUGUUUCAGUCUGUUUAUUUGCUUGCUGCUGAUCUGUUGCUUUUAGAAGUGGUGAAAUAUCUUUUUAUACAGUCAUGGCCAAAAAUUCCUUGGAUUUCUGUCAGAUAACGCACCACUUCUCCCAGAUAAAUCUUCCAAUCAGAAAUUCCUUGGUGUUCUCAUGUUUAUUUCUUUUGCUUGCAUUGGAACAACACA